AUGGAUGGGCUGUCGUGGUUGAAGUCUACAUGGCUUUUCGUUCUGCAGUAUCCUAUUGUUACUUUUAUCCUUGCUAUAGCGCAAAGCAUUACGCAAGCAAAGGGAAUCUACUGCCUUCAAGGAAAGAAAGUUUAUUUUGCACACUUAUGGCUCACAAUCAUUGGGAUUAUAUCACUUGCGAUGGCAAUGACAAGCAUCCUCAGGUUCCACGGAAUCCUUAAAUCGAAUAUGAAAGAACACAAACCAAUGAUGAAAUUGUUGGCCUUUAAGAUGAUUGUUGGUCUUGAGUUCUUAGAGCAGAUUAUAUUUAUGGUUCUUGACUCCACUGGCACCCUUAAGCCUUCUGCCACCAUGAGCUAUGCCGACACCAUUAUUGGCUUACCUACCCUGAUUAUCUGUCUGCAGGUGGUCCCAUUUGCAUUUCUGUUCUACUAUGCCUAUUCCAUCAAGCCAUAUACAACAUUGAACGUCGCUUGCACUACCAAUCGGCAGAACCUUGUUGUCGUUGACAGUGAGACCGGCAGCUCCAGCGUAAAGCGCUACCAGGGUGGUCCGUUGGGAAUUUAUGCUUGGCUCGCAUUGUUCAACCCAGGAGAGCUCUUCCGAGAUAUCAAAAUGACAUUCAAUAUGUUCCGUGAUGCUAAAACGGAGCAGAUGGAGACCGGAAUGGGUGUGGGUUCCCAGAUGUAA